AUCACCAUCUUCAACCUCCUUUUGGGGCGCCAACUCGCAAACUGUCCCAAUCAGUUCAUUUCGUAACUAUAACCAGAAACCUCAAUAAAUCAAAUCCUCUUUUGUAAUUUAGGGUUUUGAAACCCCAUAAAUUGUUGAAUCGUAAAAAAAACAAUCCUCUUCAAUAAAAAAUAAGCGGGAAAUUCUGUCGAAAAUGGAGGUUAAAAAGAAGCAAUUGAAGCCAGAAAGACAACCCCUCAAAACCCUUAAUCAUAUUUCAUGGAAAGAAAAGUUGAAGGAGAGCUGUUAUCGGAGGGUAAAGGAAAACCGAACCCGCCUUCUAUGGAAUUCUAGAUCACCUCUUCAUCAAUCCUCCACCCAAAAGGAAUUCCUCAAGUCUGCUUUCGAGGAUAUAGUGUCUGACGAGUUGAAUAAGAUAAAGAACCAGCAUUCUGAUGCUUCAGAAGUUCAAACUUCGUUAUCUGGAGAUGAUGACAUUUUGUGGGAAUAUGAUAGUCACCGUACGGAUGAUAAAGCUGAAUGUGAAGAGAUAUUGCUAGAAAUGCAAAGGAUCUUCUAUGAGGAUAUCAGUUUGGAGUUGAGUCAAAAAGAAGCAGAGAGAUCUGUUGUUUUGGAGGAUGAAGAAGAUGAGUACUUGGCAUUUGCAGUUAAUCAGCAUAUGCAGUUGAAUGAUGGAAAGGAAUGGAAAGAGCAAACCUGGUGCCCAAUCUGCAAGAAAGGAGAAUUACAAGAGAAUCUCUAUCUUGUUUAUUGCAACCUUUGUCAGUUUACGCUCAACAGGGGAGAUCAGGUUAAUUUGAGCUUGUUGAAGGAUCGGCUAGCAGAAGCUCAUGAAGAACAUCUUGAUAGAGGUUGCAGAUCAAAACCCGAGUUCUGUAUCGAGACUGUAUUUGAUCUGACCGCGCUGUACAUUCAAUGUCAGCAUUGUGAUACAUUUGAGAUUGUAAUAUAAGCAGGAUUUUGUGUAUCUUGUAUUUAAAACUUUUUCUUUGAAAAUUACCGCGUGUGAAGUAUUGUUUUCCUUCCCAUUUUCUCGAGGAUUUUUUGUAUUGUACAAGCAACAAUUUUUUAGGUCAAUGUAUGAUGUGUUGUUGGGC